AUGGGAGUCCAUCAACCUUCAUCACUAAGCUUUUCACAGAACACGUGGGAUAAUAUAAUUGAUCCAACCCCACCAUUUGAAAAGCCCACUCAGAGUAUUUGGGACCCUACCCAAGAGUUUUAUGUGGGCUUGCUUUUUGCCGAUAAGGAUGAACUACAAGCUGUUGUUAAACGCUAUCACAUCAAGAGGAACCAAACAUUUUGUGUAAGAGAGUCAAAUCAAGAAUGUUGGUUUGUAAGGUGCAAAAAUUGUUCUUGGCGUCUUCGAGCAUGCUUCCGGGCUACAUAUGGGUUGUUUGAGGUUAGGAAGUACAAUGGUCCACACACAUGUACAGAGUCUACGCUCACACAAGAUCACGAGCAAUUAGACACCCAUGUUAUUGAGAAAGAGUUGAGGGAUGUUGUCAAAAAUGAUCCAACCAUAAAGAUUGCUUCACUUCAACAGACUCUUUACAAUAAGUACCAAUACAGACCUUCUUAUUUCAAGGUGUGGGAGGCAAAAGAGAAAGCAAUUGGUAGAGCGUUUGGUGAUUGGGACAAAUCUUACCAAUUAUUGCCAAAAUGGUUGAAAGCUUUGACUGAUUCAAACCCGGACAGCAGGGUUAUUUGGAGAACAAUACCUGCUACUAUGCCAGGCUGUGCAAUAUUCGAGAGAGUGUUCUGGGUUUUUGGUCCAUCAAUUGAAAGUUUUCAACAUUGUAGGCCAGUGAUUAGUAUAGAUGGAACUUUCCUAUAUGGUAAGUAUAAAGGUACGUUACUGAUUGCAUCAACUUGGGAUGGUGACAACAGACUUUUUCCACUUGCCUUUGCCAUUGUGGAGAAGGAAACUGAUGAUAGCUGGUAUUGGUUUUUGCGUUGUAUUCAGAUUAAUGUCACUAAUCGAGAAGGGUUAUGUGUCAUAUCUGAUCGUCAUCCUGGCAUGGAGAAUCAGUUACGAAAGUAUCAAAUCACCAGGGAUAGAAUUACUCAAUUAAGUGCAGAUGGUGAGAAGUAUUUAAGGGAAAUGCCGGUGGAAAAGUGGACGUUAGCAUACGAUGGUGGACAUCGUUAUGGGGCAAUGACCACAAACUUGUCUGAAAGCUUCAAUGGAAUUCUAAAGAGUGCUAGAAAUCUGCCCAUAACUGCAUUAGUUGAACUUACAUACUAUCGUUGUGUCGCCUAUUUUGCCGAUCGGUAUACUAAGGCAUGUGCAGAGGUUACUGCCGGUGAACGCAUUACGGCUUAUGCAAAGAAUAAAUUCAAUAAAUGGGGAAAAAAGGCACCAAAGCAUUCAGUUACCGUGUUCAGUCAUGAAGAUGGUCUGUUUGAAGUCAGAACACUAAUAAACCCUAACUCUGCAUAUAGGGGUAAUCAUCGUCAUGAGGUAAAUUUGAGGCAGAACACUUGUAGUUGUCAAAAAUGGCAGGUUUAUAAGAUUUCGUGCUCACAUGUCAUUGCCGUGUGUAAAUAUCAAGGCAUCUCUGCAAUGCGAUAUAUCGACCGUUGCUACCAUUUGGAAGAACAAGUUGCUUGUUAUGCACCUAGAUUUCGCAUAGUUCCAGACAGUGUACAUUGGAAUGAGCCUAAUUUCCCGGUCUUGUAUCCUAAUGUCAAGUUGCGUCGUGAAAAAGGUCGACCAAGAACAACUCGGCUUCGAAAUGAAAUGGACGAAGGGGCAGAGCAUCAACCAAGGCCAUUGUGCAGUCUCUGUAGGCAAGAAGGCCAUAAUAGAAGAACAUGCCUCACUCGAACUGUGGCUAGCUCCACUAGUGGCUAA